AUGGAUGUGAUUGGAGCAAUUGAUCCUCCUACUUCGAAUAGGCAUCGAUUCAUUCUAGUGGCCAUUGAAUAUUUCACCAAAUGGGUUGAGGCCGCGUCCUAUAAGCAUGUGAUUAAGAAAGUGGUGUCGGAUUUCUUGAAAAAUAAUAUCAUCUGUCGUUUUGGGGUACCGGAAACAUUAAUCACUGAUAAUGCCAAGAACCUCAACAAUGAUAUGGUAGAUGGAUUAUGUGAACAGUUCAAUAUUAAGCAUCAAAAUUCUGCCAUUUACAGGCCUCAGAUGAAUGGAGCUGUCGAAGCUGCAAAUAAGAAUUUGAAAAAGAUUAUUCGUAAGAUGACUGAAGCACACCGGGAUUGGCAUGAGAAGCUGCCUUAUGCACUAAUGGCGUACAGAACUACCAUCAAAACUUCUACUGGUGCAACUUCUUACUCUCUUAUGUAUGGAAUGGAAGCAGUCCUGCCUGCAGAGGUUGAAAUUCCUUCCUUACGCAUUCUGAUAGAAGCUCAGAUAGAAGAAGCUGAAUGGGUCAGAGAAUGUCAGGAGCAGUUGUCUCUGAUUGAUGAAAAGAGAUUGAAUGCCGUCUGUCAUGGACAAUGUUAUCAGCAACGAAUGGCUCGGGUUUACAACAAAAAAGUCAGGCCCUGUUUGUUUGAAGUUGGAGAUAAGGUUUUGAAACGGAUUCUUCCAAUGCAAGAUGAGGCUAAAGGGAAGUUUGCUCCCAAUUGA